UGUUGAUGGGUGCUUCAUUAAGUUAACUACUGGUGCUCAACUACUUGCUGCCACUGGUAGAGAUGGCAACAACAAUAUAUACCCACUAGCAUUUGGUAUUGUUGGGCAAGAGGACACACCUAACUGGUGUUGGUUUCUACACCAACUUAAAAUCUGCCUAGGAGGAGAAGUGGGAAGGUUUGGUCCAUAUACAAUAAUGUCAGAUAGACAAAAGGUAUGUGCUUGCAUCUUAUGUCAUUGUUCCUAUAUGGUUGUUUUGUGCUAGAUAGUAGCUUAGCUAGUUUAAUUGUGUGUCCCAGGGCCUACUAAAUGCAGUGAAUGUUGUCUUUCCUAAGUGCAACCAAAGGUUCUGCCUUAGGCAUAUCUAUGCAAACUUCCAAAAUGCUGGGUUUAGGGGGGAAGAUCUGAAAAAGUGUAUGGAUAAUGUUGCCUAUGCAUAUAGUGAACACAAAUUUAACAUUGCAAUGAAUGACCUUAGAGCUGAGUGUGAGCAAGCUUGGGAGUGGCUUUGUCAAAUACCCAAGAAAACAUGGGCAAGGCAUGCAUUUGACACAAACUGCAAGACUGACCUUGUAGUUAACAAUUUAUCUGAGGUGUUCAACAAGUAUGUCCUAGAUGUUAGGAAGAAACCAAUUAGGACAAUGUGUGAUGGAAUAAAGGAUAAGCAGAUGGUGAGGUGGCAUAGGAAUAGGGAGAGUGGAAAGAAAGCUAGAUGGGACAUAACACCCCAUUAUAUUGAGAAGCUAGAGGUUGAGAAGGAGAGGGCCAAAUAUUGCAAACCAAUUCAAGCUGGUGUGGACUUGUGGCAAGUUACAAGUGGGCAGCAAACCCAUGCUGUUAACUUGCAAAUGCACACAUGUGGGUGCAGAAAAUGGGACCUAAGUGGCAUCCCAUGUAACCAUGCCAUCUCAGCAAUAAACAAGGCCAAAAGAAAACCAGAGGAUUAUGUCAGCAAGUUCUUCAAGAAAGAAAUUUAUCUGGCAACUUAUGAACCAAUGAUCUAUCCAGUUCCUGGUGAGCAUGACUGGACAAGGACCCCUGGUCCAGACAUUGACCCACCUGCAUUUAAAGUGAAGAGAGGAAGAAAGAAAGAGAAGAGGAUCAAGGGGAAAUUUGAAGUUCCAAAGCCUAAGGAGACAUCAAGAAUGGGGACUAUAACAUGUGGCAAUUGUGGACUGCAAGGACAUAGGUACACAAGCUGCAACAAGCAGUUGAAGCCUGAGCUGGCUUUGAGGAAGAACAAACAUGUGCCUCUUGCAAGGAAUUCCAAUGCUGGUGCUGCUGCUACUACACAAGCAUCAAGAACUUCUCAUCCAACUCCUACAACAACACCAACAGCUGGAACAGGAGCUGGGAGAGGAGCUGGGAGAGGGGCUGCAGCUGCAGCUGCUGGGAGUGGUGCUGCUAGAGGUGCUGGUAGAGGUGCUGGUAGAGGUGCUGCACCAGGUGCUGGGAGAGGUGCUGGGAGAGGGAGAGGUACAUUCUCUGCCCCAAGGCAAUCUGGUCCCUCCACAUCUACUGCUCCCUCUACAUCUACUGCUACUCCACCUUUUGGUGGUAGAAACAGAGGAUGGAGAGCCUACUUCUAUGCAAGUGGUAACCACUAA